GUUGCCCAUUGCUGCUCUGAAACGGCCCCCAUGAUUUAUUCAGCAGUGGAUCGGGGCACGCAAGCGAGCUGUCAAGAAAGCGUCAGCUUAUUAGGCAAGGGCUGCGUGAUUCCAGAAGAGGGUCUAACCUAUAAAAAUCCCGCACCCGGGCUCUGAUUAGGAAGCAAACUGGUCACAAGGACGGCAGAAGACGGCUCCAAUAGAUACGCAUCCUGAAAGGGAGACGAAAGGGGGCACCCAACUGCUGAGCGACUCCACCUGUCCGGCUUAAACUUCACCAGCAUCUCCAAGAUCUGGCCGCCGAAUCAUGAAGAUCCAGCUGCUGGUCUCUACAGGGAUCCUGCUGGUCGCUCUGCUGCCCUGCCAUGAGUGCCGAGCCCUCAGCAAGAGCGUCCCAGCCGACCCCGCUCUGCAGCAGCCGGAUCUCCUCCAAGAGCAGCCGCAGGCGCUGCCCAUCUUGCUCCGCGUGGGAGAAGAAUAUUUCGUGCGCUUGGGCAACCUGCACAAGAACCCCUCUCCCGCCGCCUUCUCUUUUUCCUCCUCCUCCGCCUCGGGCGGCAGCCACCUCGCCGCGUCCGCUUCGGCCGGCAACUUUUUCCGAGCGGCGGUCCAGCAGCUGCAGAAUGUGCGGGAGCGCUCGCUAGAGGGCGCCGCCGAGCCCUGGCCAAGCGACAACGACAGCGGCGCUCCCCUCGACGCCGCCCCGAAGGAGAAGCGCUCGUCCAAGGACUCGCCGAUCUCCAUAGACCUGACUUUCCACCUCCUCCGGCAACUCUUAGAAAUGGCCCGAGCGGAGCAGCUGACGCAGCAGAUCGAGAGCAACAGGAAAAUGCUGGAGACCAUCGGGAAAUGAAGCGCUCUCUGCCCUCCGCCCGCCCCCUACCAAAGAGAUCCUCCAGUUCGCACACGAUAUUUACAGAUUCCCUCGUGCUGUUCUCCUCUUCUUUUCACCGAGAGCUUGAUCGACGUAGAGAGUGUCCAGUCGACACGCAGCCUAACCUAGCGCGUCAGUAGCAUGCCCAGCGUUGUACCCAAGUGUCGUUUGUGACUUGCUGCCUGUCCUAACUCUUUGUCCCCCCCCCUUCCUCUUCCCUCGUUGUUACGAUUCAUGCAACUCUUUGAGGGUGGGGUCCAGCGGUUCAGCCACUGGAAGUUGGGCCAAUGAGAGAGAGCCUUGUCUUUUUGGGGUGGUG